UUGCGAGCACAACAACAACACUAAGCUGUUUGCMAAAAAAGAUUUGAUCUUCGAGGAAAACAGUUUUUACAUGGAUAUUCUUGAGAGAGAUUACAAUCCAUGUUUGGUAGAAAAGCCCUGCAAGAAUGAUGGGAAAUGUAGUGUUGAUUUUAGUAAUGCCUCGUUCUCGUGUCAAUGUACCAAACACUAUACUGGACAGCAAUGCCAARCACUGAAAACAAUUGGUGAUGUGAAUUGUCAAAACAAAGUUUUGAAUCUUUGUCAAGAUCACAUGAAAGCAUGGAAAGCUAAAAUCUUAGGACCGAUUUCACUCAGUCUCGAGAACUGCAAUCCUAAAGACUUACAAGACGCAAGUGAACUUUUGUUGUUCGUGAGCCGAGCUGAUGCAAGUGACUACGGGAAGUAUGACAUUGUCAGAGUCAAGGAACACUAUAACUGUACCGUUAUCUUGCAACCAUCAAUCAAACUGGUUUUUUCUGGUUCCCCUUGCGAGAUCAUUGCUCAACGUUUUCCUAAUUUUAACAAAGUCACUCUGACCCAGUCCUGUACGUUGACAUGCAAUGCUCGGUUGGGUGUGGUUGGGGGUGUCAUGGCGUUUAGAGCAGUUGAGGUUCAAGUGGACAGMACAUCGAAGAUAGAAAUGAAUGGAAAAGGUUAUCGUGGUGGAGCCGGMGGGUCUUCAGCUGGUAAUGGCGGCUWUGGUGGAGAGACGUUCGCAUGUUUGUCUUCAUGGUACGGUCAAGGAGGAAAUUAUUCUUCUGCUGGCAGAGAAGGAGGUGGCGGAGGUGAUGAUGCCAGUGGAGGUCCAGGGGGGUUAAACGCUGGGGGAGGUGGUGGUGACUCGAAAAUAAACCYCGAUGAUGGCGGUGGUGGCGGUGGGGGAGGUGGCCAUUUCUCGGGGGGUGGUGGUGGAGGGGCUGGCACAGGAUGUGGAAGUAAAGCCGGUGGAGAUGGGGGAAGUGCUUCAACAACACUAAAUGGAUACGCUGGGGGAGGGGGGAAUUGUACAUGUAAAGGAGACGCUGGAGGAAACGGCGGGUCGAGUGAUGGCAACAAUGGAAACGACAUCCGAGGAGGACAAGGAGGGUCAGCAAUAUGUGGUGGCACUUAUGGUGGUGGAGGCGGGGGAGGUGGUUUUCAAUACGGCAGCGUAGAUUUCUCAAGUCGUCUAAGCUACGGAGGAGGAGGUGGUGGAGGUGGGGGAAGUCAAUUUGGUUACGCUGGGGGKAGGGGUGGACACGGUGGAGGCCUGGUACUACUAUUUGUAGACAAGUUGACAUUGAACGGCAGGAUAGAAGCUAAAGGUGAACGAGGACAAUGUCAGCCUGCUAUUGCAAACCACCGAGGUGGGUCAGGGGGAAGCGGUGCUGGAGGAAGUGUCGUCAUAGUAACCAAAGACUUAGUCGGUAGCUUAAGCGGCAAGAUUGACGUCCAGGGGGGMCCUGCACUUUCUUAUGCUGUCCAUAAAUGUGGAUUGGGUCCUGGAUAUGGUGGAGGAGGUGGAGUUGGUCGAUGGGUCGUCAAGACUCCCUUAAUUGCGUACGUGUCCCAAUAA